CUGUAUAUUGUAGGAUAGAAAAAAGUACAAUACAAAACUACCACUAAAAUGACAUCUGUGAGCAUCUACUUCGCAGCACGUGAUCAGCACUCUGUAAGCUAAAACAUUGUCACUUUCACUGGAAACGACUGCGGAAAUAAAGAUAGCCGGUAAUAGUAUUUGCAGAAGGCAGUGUCCACGCAAUGACAUUGCAUUUUCUAACGUCAUGCCACGAUGCCACGCCUUCAGAUAUUAGAUAAAUCUGCAAAAUCACAGCGCUCGGCGAUGCUAUCAUGCGAGCAGUCACGGCCAUGCGUUUUUGCGCCCCAGAGCCAAAUCCGUGCGGCUCUGGUGGCACACAGUGCUUUGACCCUCUCCCCCGGCAUGGGGUAAUCUUGUUUACCGAAUUUGGGUCCGAAAAAUUCCACAUGAGCGCGCAUGUUGUGUUGGUCCGCACCAGCAACCAGCAGCAGCAGCAGCAGCAGCACAAUAAACAAACGCCACACUCACACAGAUGAACGGACUACGUUCAUCCGCAAGAGAACGGAUACACAAAACAAGACAACAAAAGCAGAGAGGAUAAACGAGAUUGUCCAUAUCCGUACUCACCCCCGCAUAACCACCGACACAGCCCCGCUCGCCCCGCUGGACCAUGGGCUCUUCAUGCGAUCGUGCAGUUACAGCGCGCCCGGCAGUAAUGUGCGUGUCGCAUGUAACACAGACCCCGCGCUUUGUUGGUGUGCGUGACUGGUCAUUGCUUGUUUACACGAUCGUGCUCCGCGCAGGUACCGACGGGUAUCGAUCAUUCCGUUCGAACGCACGCAGGAAGAAGCGAGAGCACACGCGGGCGUGCGCGUGCGAACGAGAUGACAAAUGGCGGAGGCGCGUCACCGGCACAGCACACAGCAGGCACAGAGCGCGCCGGACCUGCUGGACCGCUUCUUGUAAACAACUUUUGUCCCUGUGUGUGUGUGUGUAGGUGUGUGAGUGAGGGUAGGAUCGGAACCGUGAGCGGGAUCGUGAGACCAAACGCGUCAGUAUAAAGCGUAGUACGGACGGCGCUCGAAAGGUCAGUUUGUUUGUUGAAUUCCCAGCGAGCUGAAGGUUGCUGCCGGAGAUCGAAACCCGGGCGACCAUUUUGUAAAGCCGUUUUUACAUCUUUCCCAUCCUCGUGAUUGCAUGUGCGCUGUGCCAGCUACAAUCACGUACAGAUUCCAUACGUAGGAGACAUUACUUUGGAUGUUUGUGAGUUUACGUGAAAGGCGUUAAGGUGAACAUCUGCCACCAAGUAGAGUGAAAAACUGUGCCAAGAAAAGUGCCUUUGGUGUGCAUGAAAGCAAAGUGAGAUCAGUGUCAAACCCCCGCUUCAAAACACCCACACACAGCAUGAUUUCGGAACUGUUCCAAACGAUGCACAAGGCCCGCUUCAGCGGCAUCCGGAUCGUGCCGGAAAACUCGCCCUCGCUGCAGCAAACGUGCGUCCGCGCGUUCGUCGAGAGCGUGCGCAGGACGCGGACACAGCAGCAGCAGUGCAGCGAGGAGCGGCUGAUGCAGCUGCAGUUCCUGCCGGCCCCGCUGCUGACGCCCAUCCUCGACCGCAUGUGCCGCUAUCCCGAGCUGCGGGGCAUGCUGCGCGACGAGCUCACCGAUCCGGUCCUGUUCAUGAAGCUGUUCAACGGGUACGCACCGGACUACGACACGCUGGAGAAGUGUUUGCGGGAGGCGGCCCGCACCGCCGGCCGGCCCGCCGUCCUGCGCGACCUGGCCCACAACUACUGUGAUAUGUUGCGCACCGAGCUGCGCGUGGCGUCGUUGCGCAAGGGCGAAACGCGCGACCAGCCGCGCAUCCGGGCGCGGGUGCUCGAGUCGCUCCGGUUCGGCGACUACCUGUACGAGGCCGGCUGGUGCCGGUGCGGCGCCGAGGUACUGGCGCUCGCGCAGGACCUGCUCGGGCUGCUGGUACCGCCCGCCACCCGCGCCCUGCAGCUGGAGUGUCUGGUGCGGUUGCUGCGCGCCCAAAUCGGUGCCUGCCUGACGGCGCGCGCCUCCCACACCGUGCAGCGGCUGCACGCGUUCCUGCAGCAGGUCGGCGAGUCGGCCCCCCAACUACCCCUAGUCAAGGCGUACCUGCAGCUCGGCAGCUACUACUACCACGUGCAGGACUACGACCGCUGCCACCAGUGGGCGCUGCGGGCGCUCGCCUCCGCCGCCGACGGGGACGACGCACCGGCCAAGGGUGACGUCAUCGACGUGCUGCAGCUGAUCGCGCUGUUUUGCGUCGCGAAGGAGCGCCACGACCUGGCCAACAUGCUGAUCAGCCAGGCGGUGCAGCGGGCCCGCACCGAGUACGGCGGCCUGCAUCGCAAGUACGCGGACGUCCUGCAGCAGUACGGGUUCGUGCUGCUGCGCAUGAACGCCAUCCUGCCCGCGAUCACCGCGUUCACCGAGUGUCUGGACGUGACCGGGCGCGUGUACGGGCUGCUCAGCCCGCACGCCGUCGUGCUCGAGGGCUACCUCGCCCACUGUCUCUAUCUGCGGUCCCACACGACCGGCCGGUUCGAUAUGGCGCUGCGGCAUGCCGAGACGGCGCUCGAGCUGGCCAGCCAGCUGAUGCCGGCGAGUCGCCGCGUCCGGGAGCAGCUGGAGCGUACGCGCGAUCUGAUCCUGCGCGGACCGGACCAGCGCCGGGACACCAAAGAAAGUCAACCGUCGCGCGAACGCGACUACCAUCCCUUCACGCUGCGCGAGAUCAAAGAGAAGUUCUUCGAGCUGGACUCGUCCUUCGAGCGUGACGGGCUUGCCUGCAGCGGCUAGCGGCGUGCUCCGGGCUCGUGCCAUCAUACCGCCCUCACCUGAAGCCCUGUCGAAUUAAAAGAAGCAGAACUAGAGUGUGUUGUGUGGAGCCCGAUGCGCUCCGAAACCCAAGACUUUUAACUGUUACAGCAUUUAGUUUAGUCGUCUGUGUGUGCCACGUGUCGAGAUAUAGUGUUUAAGAAGUAUGUGCUACCCCCGUCGUCGCCUCGCCGUAUUAAUCCCCAUUUUGCGAUGAUGGUUCUCGCGAGGCUAUAUACAAGAUUCGUCGAUUUUAAGAUGAAAAAUAAAAAAAGCAUGUUUUUUUUUACUGUUCAAUAAUCAAAA